AUGCCACCUUCAUCCCUAACGUCUCUGGCGAACGAAACUACCGUUCCAACAAGUUUCAUUAGGGAUGAAGAAGAGCGUUCUAAAGUGGCUUACAACAACUUCAGUGAUGACAUUCCAGUCAUAUCGUUGAAGGAUAUUGAUGAGAUUGGAACAAGAGGUGAAAUAUGUGAAAAAAUUGUAGAGGCAUGCGAAGAUUGGGGCAUUUUCCAGGUAGUUGAUCAUGGGGUAGACCCACAAUUAAUCUCACAAAUGACAAAAUUUGCUAAAGAAUUCUUCGCGUUGCCCUCUGAGGAAAAGCUUCGAUUUGACAUGUCCGGCGGUAAGAAAGGUGGUUUCAUAGUCUCUAGCCAUCUUCAGGGUGAAGUGGUCCAAGAUUGGCGUGAAAUAGUGACCUAUUUCUCAUACCCAAUUCGAGCUAGAGAUUACUCUAGAUGGCCAGACAAACCGCACGGAUGGAUAGCUGUAACUGAGAAGUACAGUGAAAAGUUAAUGGAGUUGGCUUGCAAAUUAUUAGAAGUACUAUCAGAAGCAAUGGGUUUGGAGAAGGAGGCCUUAACCAAGGCAUGUGUGGAUAUGGACCAAAAAGUUGUUGUCAAUUUUUACCCAAAGUGUCCACAGCCUGAUCUUACCCUUGGGUUGAAAAGGCACACUGAUCCUGGAACCAUCACCCUCUUGUUACAAGACCAAGUUGGUGGUCUUCAAGCCACUAAAGAUAAUGGCAAAACUUGGAUCACGGUUAAGCCCAUUGAAGGCGCUUUUGUUGUUAAUCUUGGUGAUCAUGGUCAUUAUUUGAGCAACGGGAGGUUCAAGAACGCUGAUCAUCAAGCAGUGGUGAACUCGAAUAGCAGCAGAUUAUCGAUAGCCACAUUUCAGAAUCCAGCACCGGAGGCAAUAGUGUAUCCAUUAAAAAUACGAGAAGGAGAGAAGGCAGUAAUGGAUGAGCCCAUUACAUUUGCAGAAAUGUAUAGGAGGAAAAUGAGUAAGGAUCUUGAGGCUGCUAGAUUCAAAAAGCUGGCCAAGGAGCAGCAGAUACAAGCUGAAGAGGUUGCCGAAAAGGCCAAGUUGGAAUCCAUGCCCAUUGAGGAAAUUCUUGCUUAA